UCCUUUUUGGAAACCCUCACCACUGCUGCUUUUGACAGCAUAAAAGAGUUCGAACCCUUCCUAUCACGUUCCCCUCUCGUGACCAACAACAGCCACUAUGACCAUGAUGAUGACAAACUCACAGUUUGGCCUGGAAGACAUGGAGGCCCUUCUCUGGGCUCCUUCCUCUCCCAUGGCUGACGCCGUCCCCUUCCCCCUUCACGCCCACCUCAAAGAUCAACAGGAAGGAGGAGGAGGAACCUCAUUGGUUGGGGACACGUCACCUGUGUCGCCCCUUACCUCCUCAUCGCUGUCCACUUCCUCCUCCCCUCCUCCUUUCUACUCCCCUCCUCCCUCGCCGUCCUCCGUCCUCCUGCAGGGGGACAAAGAUGGGAUGGAGUCUGACCUGCUCUCCCUCCCCUGGUUGGGCCACACCGGUCACCUGAGACAGAGCUCGGUCUCAGAUGACAUUAAAGAGGAUGUGUUUGGUAACUUCGACUGGAUGGCAGAGAGGGUGGAUCUGAGCGAUUUCGACCUGGACGCUCUGAUCCCCGACGAAGACCCCCCCAGCUGCCCGGAAGACCUCCUCGCCUCCCUCGACUGCCCCAUGGAGCUCGACUCCCUCCCACUGCCCACUCUCUCAAAUCUCCCCUCUGCUUCUCUUUCGAGUAUCCCUCCCCCCCCUCCCGCCACUGUGUGCUCAGAUCCUCCCGUUAUUAUUACACUGGAUGAGCCUGAAUCCUACAUCGAUGACCAGUAUGUUCCCCUGUGUGUCCCAGAGCCUCAACAGGAGCUGGAAAUCAAAUCCGAGCCCACAUCUCCAGGUCCUGCGUCCCCAUUGGUCGAUUCCCCCUCCUCCCCGGCCUACACCUUAGAUCUGGGCAGUGAAGUGGACGUUUCAGAGUGCGAUGUGAAGCCUAUGGUGGCUCCAGUCGUCCCCCAAGUCCAGAGGAUAGUGCUCUCCCUUUCCCCCACCCGAAUAGUCCUGGUUUUGGCCCCCAAACAGGAAAUCGGGAUCGCCACUGUAACCGCCACGUCGCAGAUCGUUCAUUCUGCCUCCCCUCCCCCCAGACCCUCCUCCAGAAGCAGACCUUACCCAGAGUCUGCAUGUCAAACCAGCCCACCACCGUCUCCCAGCGUCAAAGUCAAGUCCCAAAGUCGGGAAGGCGACGUAAAGACGUCCUUGAAAGCACCGAAGGUGAAGAAACUGAAGAAGAUGGAGCAGAAUAAGACGGCUGCCACGAGGUACCGGCAGAAGAAGAGGAGCGAGCAGGAAACGCUGUCCCAGGAGCACGAUCGGCUGGAGAGGAAGAACUUGGAGCUGAAUGAGAAAGCCGAGUCCAUGGCCCGGGAGAUCGAGUACCUGAAGGAGCUGAUGGAGGAGGUGCGAUCGGCCAGGAGUAAAAAAGAUCCCGGUGCUGACCCCUAGUGGCCGGUAGAAGUGUGUAACUAUGAGAAAGUGGCUCUGCAGACUUUAUUACUGAGUAUGUGUUCUGUCAACACAGUCUGUAAUGGAUCCACUUCCCUUUAAUACACUGGUAUUAAAUAUAGACGAUCAUGUUUAGAGUAUGGAAACAAAGUAUUUUCCAUUCAGUAUAUCAACCUGUGAGUUUUUUGUAAUGUAUGUAUCCUAUUUCUGGACCCUACUAGCCUGCCAGUAAGAUGUAUUUUAAAUAAUGAUGUAUUAAAAUGUAAUCGGAACAUCUGUAUUUGAAUCUCUUAAUAAAGAGUCUUAAACAUA